UGUUUAGGGUUUUUGUUGAGGAGAAGUAUCACAACUUUCUUUGUCAAAGAGCCGAGAGAAUACCGAACAGACCUACCAGCAUGGUUGCAACGGCUAGUUUGAUGGGGCUAAAAAGCCGACUCGCAGUGCUUUUCUCGGUUGUGCUAUCUCCGUGUCUAUGCACCUCUUUUGGCCAGAUUGAACCCCUGGUUUAUGAUGAGCAGUUGCUGUGGGUGAGUGGUGGGGCGGGGGAGGUGAGCGCCUACCGGAUCCCACUGCUCUCCUUCACCCCCAAGGGCAGUCUGUUGGCUUUCGCUGAGGCCCGGAAGAAGUCUGCCAAUGAUGUGGGGGCCAAGUUCCUUGCCAUGCGACGCUCCACAGACAGAGGUGCCACGUGGUCGCCCACCUCCUUCAUAUUGGACGAUGGGGACUUGGCUGACGGGCUGAACCUGGGUUCCGUGGUGGUGGAUGAGGAGACUGGCUCUGUGCUGCUGAUCUACUCUAUUUGCUUCCACCAGUACCAGUGUGACCCUGCCAGUAUUAUGUUGGUGGAGAGCAUGAAUGACGGUCUCAGCUGGAGCCCACCAAGGAACCUCUCGGUCCAGCUAGGGGUUAAGAACUUCGCCCCCGGGCCUGGCUUUGGCAUUCAGAAGCAUUACCCUCCUGCCAAGGGGCGUCUGGUGGUGUGUGGACAUGGCACACUGGAGGGUGACGGGGUCUUCUGCAUUCUGAGUGACGACCACGGGCGAAACUGGAAGAAUGGCGCCGCACUGAAGAGCAUCCCCUACAACCAGCCCAAACAAGCCCUGGACUUCAACCCAGACGAGUGCCAGCCUGUAGAGAUGGAGGACGGUAGCAUCGUCAUCAACGUGCGCAACCAGAACAACUACCACUGCCGCUGCCGCAUGGUGGUGCGCAGCCUGGACGGGGGCGAGACUCUACCUGUGGAGCAGCUGGUGUUUGACUCCAUCCUGAUAGACCCAACGGUAGCAGCAGGGGCGCUGCAGAAGGAGGGCGUGAUGUACUUCACCAACCCAGCUGACAGUAACCACAGGAUCAAUCUAACCCUGCGCUGGUCUCUGACCAAUGGCACGUCGUGGGAGAAGAACACUGUCCAGAUCUGGGCGGGCCCAAGCGGCUACUCCUGCAUGACGUCACUUACGAGCGGCAGCGCUGAGGACAGGAAGUUCAUCUAUGUCAUCUACGAGAAAGGCCACAAAGACUACGAUGAGACCAUCUCCUUCGCCAAGAUCCACCUCUACGGUGGAUGGUAGUAGAAUAAGGCUGGGGGGAGGGGGGGGAACUAGGUAGUCUGCCUCUAAUCACUGGUCCAGGGUCAGGGUCUGUGUUCUCAAAGUGUCUCGGAGUGCUGAACUAGCAUCAAUUUUGCCUUUUUUAGAUCAUAAUGAAUUAGAUUAUAUAGACAGGGACCUGAUCUUAGAUCAGCACUUUUAAUCAGACACUUUUUGAAUACAGGCCCAGAUAUUUUUAUCCGCUUAAAAGUGGUUAUGGUUAGGAUGGAGAUUUUUUUUAUCCAAGAUCUGUGGUUAGGAGCAGGUUCUACCUCCAGCUGGGGAGGGAAAGGGAAGAGGAUGUUAAAUUCUCUCAGGACGGAUGACUCAUGGGACUUUGCAGCACCACUUUGUUUUGAUAGGUGGAGGGAGACAUACAAACCACUCCUGUUUUAUUGGACCAAUAAUGACAGUUGUGUGCCACUUUAUCCUAAGGUGGGCUUUGAAAUACAUCAGGGUUGGUUUCAUUAGGGCACACCGCAGCAAAAUGUAGCAAGACAUUCUGCAACAGGAAAUGGAAAGUUCAGCUAGUCCCUCCCUGUUUUAGUCUGUUUUCCUCCAUUUGGUGCCUAAUAUACAUGUUAUUAGUAUGGCCCAAGCACAGGUGUCCUGUCCUUUACUGAAGCUAUGAUAGUCUGUAAUGAUUGGUGGGAUGUUGGUGUAGCUACACUUCCUUUCUGUUGAGGCUCCUAUAGCUGAGAGAGGGGGAAGUCGUCGUCGUCGUCCCCCCCCCCCACAUCACAAAUUAAAAGAGAUGGGUGGAAGGAAAAUGUAUAGAGGGUUAUGUGUCACCGAGCCAUAAAAAUAUUGGGAAAGACUUGUAACUGCUAUUUCAAUAUGGCAAAAAACUUGAAAAAAGGUAAAAGAAUACAGAUUUAGAGACAUUUUAAUGCAGCUCCUAGUCCUCUGCCUCGCAGUCCAUAACAGAAUGGUUGCACUUUCAGAAUGUCAAGGCAUUUCUACGUUUUCCUUUUUUUUUUGAAGGGUGGUUCUUGCCAACUUUUGACGCAAGAGAUGUUUGUAUGAUGAGACCGUUUUGUGUGAAUGGACUCGUAAAAUGAUUGACUUGUGUCCACUACAUUAUCUCAGAUGAAUAGGACAUGCGUAGUGUGAAUAACAUCAACUUGAUGUUGUUUUUACGAGGCAUGGCGCCAGGGAUCUGUCAUUUCAUUCACCCAUUUUGUGUUUUGAGUUGAAAGUUUAAUUAUCAACUGUGAUUGUGUCACAAAUCCCUCAACUCAGUGUUUCUGUAGCAGAUAUGAUCAGUCUCAUUUAGCUCGCGCACUCCACAGCAGAUGCAGUUGUUUCCCUCAGCUCACCUUGCUGAAUCUAUCUGUGAAGCUGACAUACUGAUAUGAAAUAGAUUCCUUGUUUAGUGGUAAGACACUGCAUCUGGUUACUUGCACGUAAGGGUUUGAUUGGUCUUUUAUUUGAAAGUGAUUUUGAUUAGAAACUGUUGCGUUGUAUUGGGGAAUCUGGAUGCAUGUGAACUCGUUGUGUCAAGUUGAAUUGCCAAUGUUAUGGUCUUAAGUGCACUUGAUUUUGUAUUAUAUUUAGCAUAUUCUUCUAUUACCGUAAGCUAAUUAUCUUACAUCCUUUAUUAUCCUCCCUUUCCUGAAAUUGUGUACAUUUAGAAGGGCUUCCUAUGUUGAUGACCUUAAGUUAAGAAUUGUGGUUAAUGUUUCAGGUAAGUUUUUUUUUCAAGGAGGUGUGAUGUGUGUCUGAGUACUAAUAUAAUAUUAUGUAUGUACGUUUAGAUACUGUACAAUUAGUGGAAAAAGAUGAGAACUGAGCUUCUUUAAAAGCAGCAAUUCAACCACAGUGUGUGAAAACAUACUGUUAAAAUCGUUCCAGAUAUUACAAUUGUAUUAAGCCUCUUGUAAUGUUUUGGGAUAUCCCCUGGGUCUGUAGAUAAUGUAAAGUAUCCUGUACUUCCCUGAAAAGUAUAAAUCUGAAGAAAAAAAAUGUGUUAGCCAAGCCCUGUUUCAUGCUGUGUGGGUGAACACAAGCUUCAAUGGAGCUUUUGGAACAAAGAAAUCCAUACAAAUAAAUGUACACUGUAAGAUGAAGAGAAGGUUAGAAAAGAGAAUAAUGCAAAUAUCCUUAACAGCUAUUUUGUUUGUCACACUCAUAGAAGUAAUAUAACAAAUAUUUUUCUUUAUGACAAUGUUGCCAGAAUCUUAUAGUAGAAUCAGUGUGUCUUCUAAAAUGUAGUCUGUGUUAGGCAUUAAAGCCAAAUUAUAAUGGGGAGGGAACAAAAUUCAUAAUUAUUGAAGAUACUAUAUAAAAUUGGCAGUCCUUCAAAUGCAUUCAUAGGCAUGAAACAACUUCUUUGAAAAUUAACCACAAUGAACGGGAAAUUAUUUUCACCUUGAUUGCAUUGUAUUUUCUGAAGUUGAAUCGACAGAUGGGGAGAUAGAUGAGAAGGAUAUAGCACAGAAAGUGGGUGGAAGAACGGGGAUGUGAACCGCUCCCUCCAGGUGUGUAUGUAGUCCUGGACGGCACUACCCGACCCUGACACUACCAUGAUUGCGUCAAUCAUUUACCACAAAUCGGACAUUAAAGAAACAGUAAAACACA